AUGCGCGCCCUUGUCAUCCUCGAGGGCCAUACCACGGCCGUGAAGGAAGUGCCGACCCCCAAACCCGACGCCGGCGAGAUUUUGGUCAAGGUCGUCGCCGUCGCGCAGAACCCCACGGACUGGAAGCAUGUCGAGAUGGUCACCGACGCCGGGGUCAUAGUCGGCUGCGACUUCGCCGGCGAUGUCGUGCAGCUGACCGAAGGCGUCAAAGGGUGGAAGGUCGGGGACAGAGUCUCCGGCUUCGUCCACGGCUCGCAGUACCACGACAGAGGCUCCUUCGCGGAGUAUCUCAAGGUCGAUCAUGAGCUCGCGUGGCAUAUUCCCGAUGGGGUUAGCUACGAAGAAGCUGCAACUGCGAACGUGGGCUUCUUCACUGCUGUGCAGACCUUGUUCCACCCCAAGAACCUUGGGCUGGUCGGCUACCCGGACAAGGUCCCUGCCGAGAAUGCGUCAUGGGUCCUCGUCUUCUCCGGAGCGACGUCUGUCGGCCUGUAUGCAAUCCAGCUUUUGCAUAUUGUUGGUUAUCGUGUCGUCACUACGACCUCGGCCAAGAACUUCGAGUUGGUCAAAUCGCUUGGCGCCGACGUCGCAGUAGAUUAUCGAGACGCGGACGUCUCUAAGAAGAUCCAAGACGCCACAGGCAAUACUCUCUCGUUUGCCUUGGACACCAUCGCGACGGCGGAGACGCAGGAAGCAUCGGUCAAAGCCUUUGGUCCAGGGCCCGCCAAGCUGAUCACGAUCCAGCCGGUCCAAGACAGCGCUAAGGCGGUCCGGGACGAUGUCGAGUUCAAGGCCACGCUUCUCUAUACGGCGGCCGGUCGCGCCUUCAAGACCUCCUUCGGCUGGGAGUUGCCAGCUAUCCCGGAAGAUCGCCAGCAAGUCGCCGAAUGGCUCCCGAAGAUAACGGAGCUGUUCCAGCACGGCAAGGUCAAGCCCAACCCCGUCAAGUUUUGGCCGGGCGGUCUUGAUGCGAUCAAGGACGGAUUUGAGUACAUGAAGAGUGGCAAACUUAGCGCGGAAAAGAUCGUAUACCGGAUUUGA